AUGCACGAUGCUGACGUGAAGGAUUACGCGCUAUUCCUUAUCGGUGCUCUCCUCAGCAUUGCCACUGGAGUUCUUCUACCGUUCAAUUCAUUUAUUUUCAAAGGAAUAUCGGACACGCUGAUCAUCGGCGAGCGCAACUACUCUUCGGGUGAGCUCGACAUCGAGAUGUUCAGCUCGAACGUCCUCUAUUACUGCAGCCUUUAUCUCAUUCUUGGUGGAGUGCUGCUUGUUUUCGGAUACCUGGCGAAUGCGAGUCUGUUCACGUUUUGCGAGCGACGGGUUCACAGCGUCAGAGCGAAGUAUCUCCGAGCUGUUCUGCGUCAGGACAUGACAUGGCUGGACAAUCAGCAGGUCGGAGCACUCACGAUGAAGAUGAGCAGUGGUGUUGAGCGUAUUAAAGAUGGAAUAGGCGAUAAAAUGGGACUGAUUUUGUCAGCGUUGGGGUCGUUCUUUGGUGGAAUUGCUCUCGGUUUUCAUAUGAGCUGGCAAAUGACGUUAGUGAUGCUGAUUACGGUGCCAAUGCUUCUGGCAGCGCUGUUUGUCUCUGGAAAGCUUCUCUCUCGGGCUUCAAAGUUGGAAAACUACGCCUAUUCCACAGCUGCCUCGUUAGCGAACGAGGUGAUCGGCGGCAUUCGCACUGUUAUCGCCUUCAACGCUCAGCCAUUUGAAAUUCAACGGUACGAAAAAGAGCUGAAAACUGCUAGAAAACUCGGUAUAAGGAAGGCUUUCGUUCUGGCGUUGUUCUCAGCCUUACCUUUGUUUCUAAUGUUUGCCGCGAUGGCGAUCUCUUUCUGGUACGGUACUACAUUGGUGCUGAACGACGCUGUCAGCCCUGGAACGAUCUUCGCCGUCUUCUGGGCGGUUCUGAUCGGAACGCGUCGGCUUGGUGACGCCUUUCCACAACUUGGAGCCAUCCUCAGCGCCAAAAUCGCUAUUGCUGAUAUAUUUGCCAUUAUUAACAGAGUACCAGAUAUUGACUGUACGGCAGUGGAUGGCUUCACACCGAAUGAAAUCGAAGGGCGACUCACAUUCACUAAUAUUCAUUUUCACUAUCCAACAAGACCUAGUGUUAAAGUUUUAAACGGCGUCACCUAUGAGGUAACUGUUCUCGCUUUUUUGAAUCCAGCUAAUUUCGCAUAA